AUGGCUGAUUACGACAACGAUAACGGCCGCUACGCCGACGAGCCCCGGUACGACCGCGACCGCAGCGCCUCGCCUCGCGAUGAGCCCCGAGGUGGUGGCGACCGCGCUCGCAGCCGCUCCCCCAACGGCCGCCCCGAUGACCGUGAUGACCGCCCUGGCCCCCUGCGCAAGGCUCACCUGCAAGAGGAAGAGGAUGAGGAAGGUGCCCUUAAUAGCGGCUCUAACCUGUUUGUCACCGGUAUCCAUCCGCGCCUGACUGAAUCCGACAUUUCCCGUCUGUUCGAGAAGUACGGUGAUGUCGAGAACUGCUCGAUCAUGCUCGACCCUCACACCAAGGAGUCCCGUGGCUUCGGCUUCGUCAACAUGGUCACUGCCGAGCAGGCCGACGCGGCCAAGGAGGGCUUGCAGGGCGAGGUCAUUGAGGGCCGCACCCUGAGCAUCGAGAAGGCGCGUCGCAGCCGUCCCCGUACCCCGACACCCGGCAAAUACUUCGGACCCCCCAAGCGCGAUGGCCCUGGUGGUGGUAGUGGUGGUGGUGGUGGUGGACGUGGCCCGCCCCGCCGUGGAGACCGCUACGACGACCGUCGUGGCGCCGGUGGAGGAGGCAACUGGCGUCGCCGCGAUGAUGACUACUCCCGCUAUGGCCGGUACGACUCCUACAACGACCGCCGUGACUACGGUCGCGACUAUGGCCGUGGCGACUACCGCAGCCGUGAUUAUGGUGGCGGUGGCAGCGGUGGUGGCCGUGAUUAUCGCCGUGACUCCCGUGACGAAUACGGCGGCGGCGGCAGCUACCGUGGUGGUGGCAGCAGCGGUGGCCCUGACCGCUAUGCCGACCGUUACAGCCGUGAUGACCGUCGCGGCGAUGACCGUCGUGGCGGAGGUGACGAGUCUCGUGGCUACUACGACCGUGAUGCCAACCCUCCUAGCUACGAAGCGGCCCCUCCUCGUGAGCCUCGUGAGCCCUACACUGGUGGUGGUGGUGGUGGUGGUAGUGGUAGUGCUGCUGCCGGCGGUGGUAGCGCUAGCGGUGGCCGUUCCUACGAGGGCCGGGGUGGUGAAGACCGGUACGCUAGCAGGUAA